ACGGGGUUACGAGGGGUAACGAUCCCACAAUGUAGAGCCCACAGUAGGUCUACGAACUCGUCGGCACAAUGACGUCUCCCUUUGGCGGUGUAACCUGUUUCUGGCUGUCGCUCAUCUGGCUCCAGCUGGGACUCGUCAAUGCCGGACUGGAGUUCCUCAGGGUUUUCGUACCCCUAAACCUCGUGAGACUGCGCCAAAUCGAAGACGAGGAACGCGAAAUUGAGGGCGAGUGCACCCUGGGAGCCAUCAGCAUUCGAAUGUUUGCCUUCUAGGGGCUGUUUAAUUUACUACCUAC